GGAAAGUCGCGACUCGCGAGAACUAAAACGAUAGCACGACUGCUAUCAGUGGUGCUGUGGUGGAACCGAGCCGUACGUAGCUUACACGAGAGCGAGUAGUAUUUACAGAGCGUCGACGUCGUCUCAUUGUGGUGUGGUGUCAACGUCGCCGUCGUCGUAAUCACUGUUGCUGCUGCUGCUGCUGUCGCCGCCGCCGUCCGUCGUCGUCGUCGCGGUCUUCGUCGGCGAGAAUCCGCUGCUCCUUUGCCGUUUGCUCGAUCGUUGCCGUCGAUCCUCAUUGAGAAGCUCGCGGUGGAGAAGGAAAGUGCGCUUUUUUGUUCGCUGCCGUUCCGCGCGGUGUUCGUAAUUUGUCAUUAGAGAGUGUUCCAUAGUUUGUUGAAGCGGCUAAAGGAUAUACUGCGCAAAGGUGAAGUGAGUUUUGAGUAGGCUUUCGAACGGAUUACGAGCCAGUUAACGAAAAGGGCUGAUUGGUGGUUUGGAGAAUAUUUAAUUGUUCCGAUUGGUUAGUCAAAUGGGGAACUGGUUGUAUGCGAUGAAUAUUCUAGCGCUGGCAGUGGCGGCUGGCGGGAAUAGAGAACAUAAGGUCCACAACAUAGUCUUGUAUCCCGAUAAACACUCGUGGUGUUCCACGCGUAACAUAAGCCAAGUGAUUAGUUAUCCUGGCUGCAAUCAGGUUACAAUCGAUAACAACGUCUGUGUGGGCGCAUGCUUUAGCUAUUCGAUUCCACACACCGAACCAUCGGACCCGGGUGAGGUCAUUGGACCGUACUGCGAUAGCUGUCAACCGUCGGAGACUUCGUGGCAUCAUGUCACUUUAGAUUGCUCAGAAAAUUCUAACACCAACGGUGACGAAGAAGCGAAACCUACCAUUUUGGUAAAACGAGUACAGAUCAUUAAAAAUUGCUCGUGUACGUCCUGUGAAAAACAAACCCACAAGAAGCAUCAUCACCAUCAUCAGGAGCCCAACCAGAUUAUGCAGGUGCCAUCGACUACGGCAUCGUUGAUACAGAAUGACAUUCCUGAGCUGCUCGAGGUGGUCCCCUACACCGAGAAUGACACCGAACCCAUUCAUCAUUCUCCGGUUCAUUCUCACCAGAGCGGAACCCACGGUACGACUUACCUUCAGCAGCAUCAGUUGAAUCACUAUGAGCACAACAGCCACACCGAUAACGUGAAGAAACUGCUGCAUCAAAAGAUUAGUGGACUUCUAAAGAGCAUCGAAGAAACGAACUCAAAACACGAUCGUGAGCAAUUGGUCGAAAUGAUCAAGCUAAUCAAAGGCUCCAGUGAUCGUAAUUGGGAUGACCUGGUUGAAUCGCUUCAGUCGGAAAAUACCAUCCUAGACUUCGAACGUCUUCGAAAUGAGCUGGAGGUCGACGAGGAUCCGGAAUUUUUCCCGAAACCCGGUAGCCCCGAACAGGAGGAUCACGAGCGUCUGCUGAAACAUCAGUUUGACAUAUUGAACCAUCACUCUAAUCAGCAAUCCUCCAACCAGUAUCCACCAUCAUCACCAUCAACGCAUCACCACGUGGCUGGCGAAAAACUGGACCAGCAUCACCAUCUGGCACGGGGACCGCAUGGAGCGUUAGUCAUAACCGCCGAUGAGGACGAUGACGUUUCUCGGAUGAACCACGGUCACGAGAUUAAGGAAAAAAUCAACAUUCAUCCCCACGAGCUGAAACCGAACCAUGCUGGAGCGAUCCUGACGUACGAUAAUCACCACAGUGAGCAUCCGGGUGGGAUUGGCGGUGGAUCCGCCCAUCAUCACCAUCAUCAUCAACACCACUUAGAGGGCGGUCACCACCACGAAAACAGCGGCGAGCAGUCGAACUGAGUGGAUACAGCAGCUGGACGUUUUAUAUUGUUUUAGGUUUCUAGUCGUUAGUGAUUUUUUCGGUUCGAUUGCAAUCCUGACACUAAUUUUGCUUACCCUUUUAACCAGCACCACCAAUCUUUAGUUGACAAUCGAAGAGAUCUUUCGUGAGAGGAUAAGAGUUUUUAUUGCCUGUGAGACCGUUAAGAUACAAGGUUCAAGGUUGUUCAAUGCAUACGUCUGGUAAUAUGCUCUAUCAUUAUUAGCCACACUUCUAGUGAGGAGGUGUUGUAUUUUACAAACGUACAUUUACCCUUCCCUAUCUCAUAGAUGAUGUUUUAUUGCUAUAUGGUUAGUAUAUUUAUUUUUUUUCUGUUCGAAAGCUGGUCUACGCAGAAGUGAUUGGAAUGCAGAGUAGUAAGUAAAAUUAAAACUUGACAUGUUGAGCAUUACGGUUAUUGUUGUAGUCUAUCUGUCUGACCGGAAAUAUUGAAGCUUUGAAAGAAAUAAUAGUAAUGUUAAGGAGAAAGCUUCCUGCAUGUAUUUCGGCCAUAAUGUCUGUCGCAACAGACUUUAAAUCAAUUCAAACAGCAUUAUAUUCCACUGAAAUAAACUUAGAGACCUUAAAGGAUCUAUUAAUAUAUUGCGUAGCAAAUUGAGCCUUCAACUUAUAUUAACUACUGGCUAAAACUAUAAAUAUGACCAGUA